AUGAAGCAGACGUGGGACGAGAUAAGGGACGAUCACAUUGUCAACCACCUUGGUACGAACUACGCCAGUAAUCGGUGGCAGGCGUGGAGCCUCAGGAUGGAACACUACAUGCCCAGCUUCGACAUCCUGCAUUUAGUCAUCAUGUACAUUCUGCUCACAAGGGGUGUGGUUGACAAGUACGCAGACCACGUUCUGCCAGACAUCCACCUGGACAACGCAUUGGAGGACUACCCCGAUAUCAAGGCUGACGCUCCAGUACCCCUGGACCUCACGAGCAUGAUGGCAACCAAGGAGGCCGAUCAGGUGAAGGACUUCAGGAAGCAAGGAGGGUCCAUUGGAGUCGUUGCUAAGAUCUUGUCGAUGCGGACGUCCCGCCAACUCGCCAUCGGCCUCAUGCGGAUCCCGAGUCCAGUGGAGGAUCAAAUGAUGGAAGACAUCACGAGCCGAAGUACAGCGAUGGGAUGCUUCAACGUGAACACCGACAUGGCCUCUGGUGGCAGAGACAAGGUUUUCCAUGCUGUGUUCGACAUGCUAGGCGACGACGAUUUCUUGAACGAGUGCGGCUUCUUGCGUCAGGGUGACGCGUUCGACCCAGAUACUCUACAGGAGGACACACUUGUUGUCGAGGCGUUGUUUGGGUUUGCGUGGCGGUAUGUGGCGAACGAGAUCAAGUAUACUUCAUUUUUUUGCGAGCGCCCCCCCUUCGCGUUCUUGGCCAGUCUCAAGUCCGACGACCACCACGAUGCAACGAUGAGAUGGGUUAGGAAGUUGUGGCAGAUGCUUGAGAGGUUCGAGAACUUGCCUGCUACUGAGAAGGAGGUGCACGACACGUUGUACGAGGCGAUGUGGCCGAGGAACUUGUUGUCGAGGGAGUACUUAGUGGGAGCAGCUGAAUCGGACUUCCUCAAUUUUCCAGAUCAGGCUAUCCGCGAACUGCAAGACCUUGCCAAUUGUCCGCUCACUUCAGUGCCGUCUGAGCUGGCCCAUCGGGCGCUGAACGCAGCCCAACGGGAAAAUGGGAACAGCAAGCAGGGUCGUGCGCAACGAUGGCACACCGAGUUGGUCAGUGGCAUCCCUGAGAAUUACGACCGCACUCAGCCGAAGCCAACCGUCGACGACAUUGCAACAGCCCACGAGGUCAGCUUGAACAGCGCGGCCUUCGACCCGAAGAGCAACGAGUUCUCGUUGGGCGAGGGGCGCUUGGGAUUCAUGCUCGAGCAGAAGGGCCCCUUGGAGUCGCUCCUUCGGUUCUCCGCCAUGAAAGCGUUUCCUGGACUAACUGUGUUCUACCUCAAGAAAGCGAUUUCGUACUUCGAAGUUCCCGUGACCAAGCGGCUACCGACAUUGGAAUACGACCUAGUGAAACUUCUCGUGCAGUUUUUGUUGCCUGGUUUGAAGGCUGACGAGAUCGAGCAUAUCUUGAGCAUGCGGCAUGCCAAGAUCCCAACGAAGUUCAGCAGCAUCCUUGGCUCAGAUGACGUCGGCGUCUUGAUCGACGACGUCGCCGACAAAGACGACAGGGAGCAGCUGAAGAAACAUGCAUCUGAAUACAAGCGGCAAAAGGCCAAAUCAUUCUUGCCAGACGUAGCAGGGUGUCGGCUCUCGCUCGAGCGCUACUGGGACUUACGAAUUCGCGUAUCGUAUCCUACGGAGAUGGCCCCAUUCUCGACCAGCAGGGUCUACGAGGAAGGUGACGACGUCACCUUCAAACUUGCGGUGUCCUACUGCCUGAAGUGGGUUUGGGAGCAUCACAUGAAGCUCAAGAAUCUAGCUGUCGGGGCGCAGGCCCGCGCGGCGGCGGCCGCCGCGCUCGCCGAGGCGGCCCUCGCCCGCGACGCCGCCGCGCUGCCGGCCGCCAUCGAGCGCGCGGCGGCACUGGGCGUGGCGGAGGACUCGCUCGCCAGCGCGCGCGCCGCCCUGGCCGAGGACCUGGCCCGGCGCGAGAUGUCGUCCAGCCGCGAUUGGGAGAAGCAGCAGCAAAUGAAGAGUGAAACGAAGGAGGAGUUGAGAAGCCCAGAGCUGUUCCGGCGCCUACUCGAGAUCGCCGCUGAGCACGAGAGGCUUCAACACGAGCACGGCCGACUGCCUGAGCCCGUCGAGGCAGCGCCCGAGCCUCGUCGAGAGCAGCGCCAGCCUCCAGCCCAUGUCGCCUGCGGCGGCGAGAGCGCCCAGGCCGUCGGCGCGGCCUGCAGCCUGCCGGAGCGGCAGAAAGCGGACGCCCGGGCCGCCCUGGCAGACGCAAUGGGCACCCGCGCGGCCGCCGCGCUCCGGGCGGCCAUCGCCGGGGCCGAGGGUCUCGUGAGCUCCACUCGUGCCCUGCACGAGUUCCCGCUCGGCCUCACGAGGCUCGGGCCCGCCAGGGAGCCAGCUGCCGGCCUGGCCCCCGCCGAGGCGGAGGAGGCGCAGCUGGCGCUGUCGCAGGAGGAGGCCCGCGCCGCGCUGCUGUCGGCCGCCGGGCGGGGCGGGGCGGCGGCCCUGGAGGCGGCCGUGGCCGCGGCCGAGGCGGCGGCCCUCCGGUGCCCCGAGCUCGACGCCGCAGUCGCCGCCCUGGACGCCCUGCGGCGGCGCGCGGCGGCGGCGCGCCUCGGGCUGACGGAGUCGGGCCACGGCCGCGAUGCGGGUCGGCUGCGCGCUGCGCUCGCAGACGCAGAGGCGGCGGGCCUGGAGGCGCGGGAGCUGGCGGACGCGCGGCACGCCUUGGCCGUGGUCGAGGCGCAGCUCGGGACCGCGCUCGCCGCCGCUCUGGAGGACGCCACGCGGAGCCUGGACGUCGAGGCGCUCCGCGGCGCCAUCGCCGCCGCGGAGUCCGCCGGGCUCGCGGAGCCCGGCGCGGUGCUGCGCGCGGCGCUGGGGGCGGCCCGCGAGGCCCUGGAGCUGGAGCUGCGCAGGGCGCUGGAGGCGGCGCUGGAGGCGGCGACGGGUGCCGGCCUCGGUGCCAACGAGGUCGCCGGCGCCAGGGCGGCCCUGGCAGAGGAGCGCAGGCGGGAGGCGGCGGAGCUCGGCCUGGAGGCGGCGGCCAAGGGGCGCGAUGUCGGCGCGAUGGCCGCGGCGCUCGCGGAGGGCGAGGCCGCGGGCGUGGCGGCCGAGGUGUUGGGCCUCGUGCGCCGGUGCCUGGCGGAGGAGGAGCGGAAGGUGGCCGCGCGCGCCGGCCUGGCCGAGGCGCUGCAAGGGCGCCGCGUGGGCGAGCUGGGCACGGCGCUGGAGGAGGCGCUCGCCGCAGGGCUCGGCGAGGGCGAGACGCUGGAGGCGGCGGCCGCCCUGCAGUCGGAGCUGUGGCGCCUGCGCGCCGCGCUGGCCGGGGCGGCCGUGGCCUUCUGCGGCCCUGCGGCGCCGGACGUGGAGCUGCUGGCCGCGGCGCUGGCGGCCGCGGCGGCUUCUGGGCUGGACAAGUCCGAGCUCGCUGCCGCGGAGGAGGCGCUGCGGCAGGAGCGCCGGAAGCGGUCGGCCCGGGCCGCUCUGGAGCAGGCCCUCAGCUCGAGGGGUCUGGAGGAGCUCCGGGCCGCCGUGGCUGAGGGGGCCGCCAGCGGGCUCACCGCUUGGGUGCUGGACCGCUGCAGGGUGGCCCUGCAGGAGGAGGAGGAGAAGGCCGCGGCGCGAGCCAGCCUCCGAGGAGCGCUGGCCGCGCCCUCCGUCGCGUCGCUGGAGGCCGCCUUGGCCCGCGCGGCCUGCGCCGGCGUCGAGGACGAGGAGCUGGAGGGUGCCCGGCAGGCGCUGUCGGCCGAGCGCGAGAAGGAGGCGGCCCACGCCGCCGCGCGCGCGGCGCUGGCCACGGCGGCGCGGGCGCGCGACGUCCCGAUGCUGGAGGCGGCGGUCGCGUGGGGCAUCGCUGUCGGCCUCGAGGCGGGGCCGCUGGAGGCCGGCACCCGCGCGCUCGUGGGGGAGCACCGCGCGCGGGCCAGCAGGGCGGCGCUGGAGGACGCCCUGAGCCGCCGCGCCCUCGCGGCCCUGCGCGCGGCGGUGCGCGAGGGCGACGCGUGCGGCCUCGAGGCCUGGGUCCUGGAGCAGUCCCGCGCGGCGCUCGCCGAGGAGGAGCGCAAGGCGGCCGCCAGGCUCGGGCUUCAGGAGGCCGCCGCCGCCCGCGCCGUGGGCCCGCUGCGCGCCGCCCUCGCGGAGGGCGAGGCGGCCGGCCUCGAGGCCGACGAGGCGGCCGAGGCGCGCCUCGUCCUCGCGGACGAGCUGCGCAAGGAGGCGGCCCGGGCGGAGCUGGCCAACGCCAGCGGCGCCCUGGAGGAGGAGGGCGGCAGGGCCGAGCUCGAGGACGCCGCCCACGCCGCGGCCCUGGAGGCGCUGGCGGCCGCGCUGAGGGAGGGCGAGGCCGCAGAGCUCCCGGAGGCCGAGCUGGAGGCGGCGAGGGGCGCCGUGGCCGCGGAGGCGCUGCGGAGGUCGGAGAGGGCGCGCUGGCGCGCGCUGCUCGCACCAGGGGCGCCGCCGGUGGCGGCCGCCGAGCUGCUCGAGGGCGCGGCCGGCCUCCUGCGCCUCGCGCUCCCGCUGGGCUACCUCCAGGAGCACUUCCUGCGGCGCGUCGCCCGGGGCGACGAGCUGCCCCCGACGGCGUACGCCCGCGCACUGCGCGCGCUCCGCGAGGAGCUCGGCUUCGGGGCCGGGCCGCUCCCGGCGGCGACGGUGGCCGCCGUGGAGGACGCCUACCUGGCGGCCAUCGAGGAGGCCCACGCGCGCGAGGCGCCGCCGCUGAAGGCGGCCUGGGAGAGGACCCUGAUCUGGCUCGACCUGGCCCCGCCCAGCGACGCCGAGGCCGAGGACGACGGCGCCGCGGCGGCGGCCACAGCGCCGCCAGCGCCGCCGGAGGGCCUGCUUGCCGGGGACGACGAGGCGGAGGCCAGAAGCAAGUCUCCGAGCAGCGGGCGCAUUGGUGACGCCCUGGCCACCGUGAGUUUCACCCCGCAGGGGCAGCCCGCGGCUCCGCCGCCGGAGCCGCUGAUGCGCGAGCUGUUCUGCUCCGGCGCGCUGUUCUCGGAGCCGUGCACGCUGCCGGCGGGCGCGCUGGAGGAGGCCCUGCGGCGGCCCCUCCUGCCGCCCGGCAGCGACCGCAGCCGCCGCACCCUGUGGCUGCCUGGCCUCGGGGGCUGCUGCAUCCCCGAGCUCGAGGCGGGGCUGCGCCGGCUCGAGGAGGCGGGUGCUGCCGCCACGGCCGAGGCCCUGUGCGAGCGCAAGCGCGCCGCGCCCGCUGGGGAGCCGCCGCGCGCGAAGCUGGCGCGGGCGGGACGGUGA